AUGAUCUCAACCCUCUACAAGACAUAUGUGUUGCAGUUGACAACUCUAAGGCUUCGGGUCAAUCAUCCUUCUAUAGUUUUUGCUUACAAACGAGUUUUAGUGAAUGGAAAGUUUUGCAAAGACCCAAAGCUUGUAAAAGCGGAAGAUUUCUUUGCUUCAGGUCUUAAUGUUAGUGGAAGUGCAGUGCCUCAGUUUGUUUUUUCGGUAAAGAUUAUGGAUGUAAACAGUACGCCUGGACUCAACACUCUUGGUAUUUCUAUAGUUCAUGUUGACUUGGAAUCACAGGGGCUCAUUCCACUUCACACACACCCUCGAGCUACCAAGCUCACAACUAUCCUGGAGGGUACUAUCUAUGCAGGAUUUCUUGUCCCUGAUGCAAACCUUUUCAAGAGUCGUCUCUUCUCCAAAAUCAUGAAUCCUGGCUAUGUGUAUGUGAUCCCACAGGGGCUUAUUCACUUCCAGUAUAACGUGGGACACAAAAACGCUACUCUGCUUUCUUCUUUGAACAGUCAAAAUCCUGGGGUCAUCAUGAUUCCUAGUACAAUCUUUGCUUCAGAUCCACCUAUUAUGGACAACGGUCUUGCCAAAGGCUUCCAGCUUGAUAAGAAAGUGAUUGAUGAACUUCGAAAGAAAUUCUCCUAG